GGAAGAGCACGCUAGGAGGAGGUCAUGAAGAGAUUCACAGGGCACACGCUACUGGUGGUGAUGGUGGUGGCGGUGCUGGGGCCUCACGGGGGCGGGGGAGAAGCUGGAACACGGUCUGGAACUCAUCACACGGGGGGAGCUGACGGGGGAGACUCACGCGUUCCCCCAGGCGAGGGAUGAGGACCGGAGCAGCACCCAUCGAAGCUUCCCCGCGGCGCCCCUCGCUCUCACCUACCUGCCCCCUAUACAGCACCCGCUACCCAUAGAAGGCCCAGCAGGAAGCGCCACAGGGACUAGCGCAACACCGGGGGAGGUAUUCGUGACUCCAGAGCAGGUGGUAGGGGGGAACCCAGGCCAGCUCAACCCGUCAGAGUCACACUUCGCCCAGACCAGCCACCAACACAGCCCCUUAGAUGCAGAGUUUGAGUCGCCCUCCUUUGGCCAGUUCCAGCCCUCUUCAGGUGACCAGGACUCAGAUGACCUUCCUGCAGUGGUCCCGGGCGUUGUGCUGCCAGAGGUGGAGGAGGAGGAGCCAGAAUUCUUCUCCAAGGUGGGGGAGUCCAAAUUGGCUCUCCUAGGGGGCGUGAUGGGAGCCAAAACUGCUGUGCUGGAUGGACUCAAGGAGGCAAGGGAGUCUCUUGUCACAGGCCUCAAGAGUGCAGUGACGGCUAAAACAGAGGCUUUUAGCAGUCUCACCAAGGGGUCCCAGCUCAAACACAAGGAACAGAGAGUACCAGUAGGGGCCGUGGUGCCUUACCCCAUCUACCCCCCGUACCCCAAGCCCCAGCAGACGUACCCCCAGCCCUCCUACCCCCACCACGUGUACCACAAGGCCUCCUACCCCCCCCACGUGUACCAAAAGCCAGUUUACCAGCACAAGCCAGCGUACCCCCUUGUGGUGUACCCAGCUUAUCACCAGUACCAGGCCAAACCGAACCCCUUGGAGGCGCUGAAGGCUAAGGUGGAGGGCUACGUGGAAGCGAAGAAGGCAGCUGUGAGUGGAGCCCUGGCCAAGGUGGAGGAGGCAAAGGCAACCCUGAAUGCAAAAAUUAAGGCACUUUUUAAGAAACCAUCUCCUCCUGUGAUUUACCCUGUCAAGUCCCCUGCAGGAGGGCCAUCUGCCACCUUCUACCCCUUCAGACCCUAUCCUACCGUGCCCCUGACGCCACACAAGGGCUAUUCCAUCAAGCAUGUCCCGUCCAAGCCCCUGCCAGCUCCUGUACAUCACGUCAAGGCUGCAGUCCCUAAGCCUUACCCAGUCAAGGUCUAUCCAGCCCCUCUGCCGGUCCCUACUGUGACCCCUACUGCAGCCCAGACCCCUGCCGCUACCCUAGGCCCUCAGGUAACCCCAGAGCCUCGCCCCAUGCUCCCAGUGCCCCAGUACCGCCCCCUGUAUGCUGUUCAUCCUGCGGCUUCACCCAGCAGCGUAGGACUGAAAGAAAAGCUCGAGGCGAAGAAGAAGGAGGUGGUGGGAGCGGUUGUUGGCGCGUUUGCGAAGUUGAAGGCGCCUUUCCAGUACCUGCACCCCUCUUACUCCUACUAUUACGCCCCCCAGCAGUGGUAGAGGCGAGGUAAGGGGCUGAGAAGGCGGCAGGGCUACGGAGGAUGGCAGAGAACAGUGAUUAAGCACGUGGUAAACAAACUCCGGUUAGCCGCCCUGCUCGUGACGUCAUAGCAAAGACCGCAGGGUUAAACUAAAAUUAAAUGUAUUGGGUUAAAAUAUGAUUGUGUAAUCUUAGCCUACAUUAGUAAAUAGCGUGUAAUAUUUUGUUUUUUAUAGGGUAAUUAUCUCCAUAAUGAUGAUGUGUAGGAUUAUAAUUGUUAUUCUUACGAGUAAUGAGCUUAAUUUUUUUUUUUGCUUUUUUUUUUUUUUUCCUUCUUUUUUUUUAAUGUAAGUAGGGUACUGACGAAGGGCAACAAAAAUUCAUGUGUAUAAAAAAUGUCAAUUGAGAUGCCAGUGCCCAAAGCAAAAGGACCAAAAGGUUUAUUAAAGUCGGAAAAAUUGUUCGAUAUUAUAUGGAAAAAAUGUACGAUGCAGCGAGGAAAGCGGCUUUUUUUUUCUGGACAUUGCCGUGUUCCUUCUUGGCUAAGCAGAGGUGAAAUAAGUGUUUAGUAUUUUUCUAAUUCUUGUUACAUGUUAAUAAAAGAGGAAACAGUU